AUGACCACCCUAACAUCUGGCCCCGUCUGCCGGUACAAAUUCACGAUCCUGCCCGAGUACUUUGUGAACUACUACAAGGUUGCCGAUGCCAGUCCAAACGGAAAAGCAACUACGCAGCCAGGCCUCGGACUCCUCGACCUGCACUUUGGAGACGCAGCGGCUGAUGUAGCAGCCGAGGGUGAAACCAAGCCCUGGGAACGAUUCGCUUCUCAUGUGAGGAAGCUCAACGCGGAGAGCCCUGACGGCGUGGACUUCAAGGUCUUGUACCUGACUAGGCACGGACUCGGAUACCACAACGUUCAAGCAGCCAAGGUCGGGACGGCUGAGUGGGAUAGGUACUGGUCCCACCUCGAUGGCGACGGCGUCGUUACCUGGCUCGACGCGGCGCUCGUCGACACAGGCAUUCAGCAGGCAAGAGACCUGAGCACCUUCUGGACGCGUGCAACCUCCACCACCGCCGAGGGCGAGGGCGUUCCCUUGCCGGAAUCCUUCUACACGAGCCCUCUCCGCCGGUGCCUCGAGACGAGUAAUCUCGCCUUUGGGCCCCUCGUCGAAUCCAGGGGCGCGGGCCGGGACUUCCGACCUCUCGUCAAAGAAGGACUGAGGGAGCGCCUGACAGACCACACGUGCGACAAGAGGAGCUCGCGGAGCUGGAUCGAGGGUGCGUAUCCGCGUUAUCAUAUAGAGCCUGGCUUCACGGAGGAGGACCGGCUUUGGAAGGCGGAUCGGUUUGAGACGACGGAGGAGCACGUCGCGAGGAAGCAGCUUGUGCUAGAGGAGAUUUUCUCGACGGAUUCAGGGCAGUUUUUGUCGUUGACGGUGCACUCGUAUGCUAUCUCGGCUAUACUGAUGGUUGGUGGGCAGGAGGAGUUCAGGGUCAGGGAAGGAUCUUCGAUUGCUUUGCUGGUUCGCGGAGAUAAAGUAGGAAAUAGAUAA